AUGUUCAAGACCCUUAGACCAUCACGACUCCCUCGUUUCAACCUCAGACUUUACCACUCCGCCGAUCACAUAGGCACCAACGCCAUCAUCAAUAACAAUCUCAUCGAAUCGAAAAUCUUGACUCGGGCCAUUGACUACAUUCCUCAAUAUGGGUUCCAUCCUAAAACCAUCACCAGAUCAAUUCACGACUUACAGUACCCUGAUUCAUUAAUUCUGGUACUAACUACAUCACCCAGUGGAUAUUCGCUUCCUAUGCAAUUGAUGAUUCAUUGGUUGAAAUUGAAAAGACAAGAAUUGGAAACAUUUGCCAAUACAACCACCGGAACAAAUAGUGAAUUAUCCGAGGGAGAUAAGUUGAAACAAUUGAUCAAGUAUAGAUUACUGUUGAAUAAACCAAUUUUGGGCCAACUAAGUCAAGGUUUAAGUCAGUUAGUAGUGCCUUACAAUUUAUCAGCUUCAAUUGAAGAAUUGCUCAACUUAGGUGACGAUUUAGCAUUUUAUGCCGGCGACACAUCAAAUGAUUUUGCAUGGUACCUGAAACGUAUAGGACUCUGUUCAAUUUACGUCAAAAGUGAAUUAUUUAUGUUGAAUGAUGAAUCAUCCGAUUUUACAUUGACAAAACUGUUUGUUGAUGAGCGUGUUAAUGAAUUUGAGAAAUUGGGCCAGGGUUACAAUGAUUUAGAACAAUGGGUUGAUUUUAAUGCUAUUAGUUUGAUCAAUUUGAUUAAAUCUCAAUUAGCUAGAGGGUAG